UGGGACCGUUAUGGCGGGUGGGGCGUUAUGGCGGACGGCGCCGAGGAGCGGUUGUACUCGCGGCAGCUGUACGUGCUGGGCGGCGGCGCACGCCGGUUGGCCGGGGCAGCGGUGCUGGUGUCGGGGCUCCGCGGGACAGGAGCGCAGGUGGCAGCGGCGCUGGUGCUGGCAGGGACCGGGCGCGUGGUGCUGCACGAUCGCGGCGAGGCUUCCGUAGCCGACCGAGGCCAGCAGUUCCUCCUGCGGGAGAGCGACAUCGGGCAGAACCGAGCCGAGGCAUCCCGGCGGGCCCUGGCCGAGCUGAACCCGUGCGUGACAGUGGUGGCUUACACCGGGGAGCUGUCAGAGCCCUUCCUCACCUCCUUCCAGCAGAGCCCAUCCGCAGCGCAGGCACGCGUGGUGGUGCUGACCGAGUCCCCGCUGGAAGAGCAGAUCCGCGUUGGGAACUUCUGCCAUGCCCAAGGCAUCUGCUUCAUCGUGGCUGACGCUAAGGGGCUGGCGGGGCAGCUGUUCUGCGACUUUGGGGAGCACUUCAUCGUUAAUGACCCAGCAGAAGGGGAGCCGGUAUGUGCUGCCGUGAAGCACAUCUCCAAGGGCAACCCGGGCAUAGUGACAUGCACAGGGAUGGAGGGCAGCCGUGGCCACCUCUUCAGUGAUGGGGACCUGGUGACAUUUUCUGGUGUGGAGGGGAUGACAGAGCUGAACGGCCAGGAGCCUGUCCCGGUGCAAGUGAUGGAUGCCUUCAGGCUGAAGAUUGGUGACACCAGGUCCUUCUCGUGCUACUGCUGCGGGGGCCUGGUUUCGCAGGUGCGCCUGCCCCAGGUGCACUCCUAUAAGCCCCUGUCCCAGGCACUGGCAGAGCCCAAGAUCCAAGCGGCAAAUCCCGAGGAGCUGCCGCGCAGCCGCAGCCUCCACGCUGCCUUCCAGGCCCUGCACGCUUUCCGUGAGGAGCAGGGUCGCCUGCCCCGGCCAAGGGCACCGGAGGAUGCCAAGCGGGUGCUGGAGCUGGCGUGGAGCCUGGCCACGCAGCCUGGUCCCCUGGACGAGGACAUCGUGCGAGCCUUUGCCAGCGUCAGUGCAGGGGAUCUGUGCCCUGUGGCCGCUGUUGUCGGGGCCGCGGCAGCCCAGGAGGCCCUGAAGGCCAUCACUGGGAAGUUCCUGCCCCUGGACCAGUGGUUGUACUUCGAUGCCCUUGAGUGCCUGGCGCUGGAGGGGGUCACACAGCUGACAGAGGAGGACUGUGUCCCGAGGGGCUCUCGCUAUGAUGGGCAGAUUGCCGUCUUCGGGGCCGCGUUCCAGGAGCUGCUGGGCCGCCAGAAGUACUUGGUGGUGGGAGCCGGCGCCGUCGGCUGUGAGCUGCUCAAAAACUUUGCCAUGAUGGGGCUGGCGGCCGGGCCAGAGGGGGACCUCACUGUCACUGACAUGGACACCGUCGCCCUCUCCAACCUCCAUCGGCAGCUCCUCUACCGUUCAGCAGAUGUAUCGAAGCCGAAGUCGGUGGUGGCUGCAGCGGCUGUGCGGCGCAUGAACCCCGAUGUCCGAGUGACAGCUCAUCAGAAUCAGGUGGGACCUGCCACCGAGAUGCUCUAUGGGGAUGACUUCUUCCGGCACCUGGACGGUGUUGCCAGUGCCCUGGACACGCUGGAGGCACGUGCCUACUUGGAGAGCUGCUGCUUCCGCUACCUCACACCACUGCUGGACUCGGGUACGGAGGGACCACGGGGGAACGUACUGGCCAUGGUGCCCCACCUGACCAAGCUCCUGGGGCCGGCUGCUGCCCCUGAGGAUGACACCUUCCCCAUCUGCACGCUCCGGUACUUCCCUCACACCAUCCAGCACACACUGCAGUGGGCCCGUGAUGAGUUUGAGGGGCUUUUCCAGCUGCCUGCGGAGCAUGUCAACCGCUUCAUGGAGGAUCCGGCUUUCCCAGAGCAGCUGCCGACAGGGAAGGCCGUGGAGGUCCUGGAGCAAGUGCGGAGGAGCCUUCAGGAGCGGCCACGGGACUGGCAGGACUGCGUGCGCUGGGCCCGCCGGCACUGGCAGAGCUGCUACCAUGAUGCCAUCGCCCAGCUGCUGCACACCUUCCCCCCGGAGCAUGAAGUCAGGCCAGGUGUCCCCUUCUGGGCAUGGGACAGGACCUGUCCCCAUCCACUGAUAUUCAACCCCGAGAAUGACACCCACCUGGACUACAUCAUGGCUGCUGCCCACCUCUUUGCUCAGUCACACAAGAUACCACCAUGCAGCGAGCGUGCAUCCGCCCAGGCUGUGCUGUGCAGUGUGGUCCUGCCGCCCUUCGUGCCCCAGGAGGGAUUCCAGAUCCACCUCUCAGAAGAGCAGGAGGAGGUGCUAGCAGAUGAUGAGAGACUGGAAGAGCUCACCCAGGACCUGGGGCAGCAGAGACAGGAGCUGAUAGGGGGUGGAGAAGCACAAGUGCCCCUGAUGGAGCCCAUCCACUUUGAGAAGGACAAUGACAUCCACAUAGACUUUAUCACAGCAGCAUCCAACCUGCGUGCAGAGAGCUACAGCAUCCCUGCCGCCAGCCGGCUGAUGAGCAAGCGGAUCACAGGGCGGAUCGUGCCUGCCAUCAUCACCAGCACAGCGGCCGUGGCUGGGCUGGCGUGCCUGGAGGUCUACAAGCUGGCGUGGGGGUGCCGGGACCUCAGUUGCUACCGCAACAGCAACUUCUCCCUGUCUGACUGCCUGCUGCUCCGCUUCCAGCCCCCCCCAUCUUCCGUCUACUGGUACCGUGGGCGGGAGUGGAGCUGCUGGGACCGGCUGGAGAUGCGGGCAGUCAGCGCAGACGGGGAGGAGAUGACAGUCCAGAACAUACUAGACUGGAUGCAGAGGACACAUGGCUGGACCGUGACCAUGCUCCUGCACGGUUUCACUGUGCUCUAUGACAGUGGGGAGAACGAAGGAGUACGAGCCCUGAUGCAGAAACAGAGGUUAUCAGCAACCCUGGAGAAUGCCGGGGAGCCACAGCAGCGUGUGCUGAAGCUGGAGUAUGUGUGCGAGGAAGAGGAUGCUGAGACUGAAGCUACCCGUCCCCCUCUCAUGUGCUUCCUACCCUGAGUGAGGGGCUGGCAUCCCCCGCCCCAUGCAAUAAAAGCUGCAGGAUGC